GCCGCCCGCGCCAUGAAGCACAUCCCGGUGCUCGAGGACGGGCCGUGGAAGACCGUGUGCGUGAAGGAGCUCAACGGCCUCAAGAAGCUCAAGCGGAAAGGCAAGGAGCCGGCGCGGCGCGCGAACGGCUAUAAAACUUUCCGAUUGGACUUGGAAGCGCCCGAGCACGGCGCCGCCGCCGCCGCCGCCGCCGCCGCCGCCGCCGCCGCCGCCGCCGCCAACGGGCUGCGCGACGGGACCCAGAGGCUGCAGCCGGUCGCGGCCCCCGUGCCAGCCCCGGCGGCGCCGGCCGUGCCCUCAGGUGGGGGCGCGGACCCGGCCGGGGAGCGCCGGGGCGCCCGGGCGCCGGAGGUCCCCGACGCGCGGAAACGCGGCUUUGCCCUGGGCGCAGCGGGCCCGGGGCUCCCCACGCCGCCGCCGCCGCCGCCGCCGCCCCCCGGCCAAGGACCCGGGGGUCCCGAGGCGCAGCCUUUCCGGGAGCCCGGCCUGCGUCCCCGCAUCUUGCUGUGCGCCCCGCCUGCACGCCCCACGCCGUCGGCGCCCCCCGCGCCCCCCGAGGCGUCCGUGCGCCCAGCGCCCCCCACGCGCCCCGGGGAAAGUUCUUACUCGUCAAUUUCACACGUAAUUUACAAUAACCACCCGGAUGCCUCCGCGUCGCCUAGGAAACGGCCGGGCGAAGCGACCACCGCUGCCUCGGAGAUCAAAGCCCUGCAGCAGACCCGGAGGCUCCUAGCGAACGCCCGGGAGCGGACGCGGGUGCACACGAUCAGUGCCGCCUUCGAGGCGCUCAGGAAGCAGGUGCCGUGUUACUCAUAUGGGCAGAAGUUGUCCAAACUGGCCAUCCUGAGGAUCGCCUGUAACUACAUCCUGUCCCUGGCGCGGCUGGCCGACCUCGACUACAGUGCCGACCACAGCAACCUCAGCUUCUCUGAGUGUGUGCAGCGCUGCACCCGCACCCUGCAGGCUGAGGGACGUGCCAAGAAGCGCAAGGCCUAGGAGGACAGGGGUGCUGAGGACGACGUGGCCCCUUCCUUCCCUCAGGAGCCGGUGGUGGAGGUGCUUGGGGAGUGACUGGCCCCAGGCUAGACCAAGGAUGCUGCUGCAGGCCCUCUCUGGUCAAGCCUGAGGAGAAGGUGAGCUCUCCAAAUCCAGCCUUGUCUUCUUCUCCAAGAUGCUGCCAGAUGCUCAGACCACUGCCUCUCAGGGUGGGGCAGGGGCACACCUGCCCCCCUCUCACCCUCCUGUCCCCCCUCAGCCACUCUGGUGACUCCGCACUUUGCCCUCUGCCUCGUAGAGAGGGGAGAGCUAAGCCUCCCCCUUGCCCGGGGCUGCAGAAAUUCAUUGCCAAAGAUUCCACAAAGACACUGAACAAAUUGUGGUGAUAAAACCCCACGGUGAAAAGCCACACCAUGGCUCUAUGACUUUCGCUCCUCCUAUUGCCUGAGUUCCAUCCCAAGCCAAAGACGUGUCAGCAAUCCCACUGGAAACUCAUGGAAGGGAUGCACAUUUGGUGACCAUUGGAAGUGCUCAACCCUCUGACCUGGAACUCUCUUCCUACACCGGGCCCUGAGCUGGCUGGGUACAAGAUAAGCCUUCGGGGGGUUAUGAUAGAGGGCUGGGGGUUCUUGUAUGGAGUAGGAUAUGAGAUCCUGGCCCUCUUCUUGCCCCACCCCCAAUGGCUGCCCAGGCCUGUAACUCUGAUUCUCAAUGUUCCCUGGGUCCAGGCUCCCUAAGCCCUGAACAUCAUGACAAAGGAGUAAGAGGGGGAAGAAGCAAUAUUGACCACCCUGUACCCCACCCCAGGGGCUUGCCCCAGGGAGGUGACUUGCCUAAAGGGUCUGUGAUCCCCAGCCAGCCCAGCCAGCUACUCCUUGCCUGUGGCCCACCCUCCUGGCUGGGAAAACAAGAUGGUGCCCUGCAUGAAGGCCAGUAGUCUGUUCCUGGUUAUGUAGGGGGGCAGAGAGGGGGAAGGGACCAGGGGAAUGGGCCAGUAAGUUGGGGAGGGCAGGGAGGCAUGUUCAAAGCCAAGGCCUGUUCCUUCCUUGUGCUCAAAAGGCCAAAGCUGUUCACAUCUGUGCUCAACCAUCUGCUUCAAAUUGAAGUAAAAGCCCCAACAUAUAAAGAAAACA